AUGAGUCUGAGCAAUGCAGUUUCGGAAAAAGAACGACAUGGACUAUUGCUGCCCGACGAGGAGCCACAAACAAGCCAGAGUGUAGCUCCCAGGGCAGAACGCCACGAGUCAAUCAAUGGUGAUUUAGGCUACUCGCUUGCAAAGGGUAGCAAUGCAUUUAUGAGCCUUACACAUGUCCUGGACGGGGAUGAUGACUUUCAAAUUGUGGCCUCUGCACACAAUCAGCCAGCUCUCUCGACGUCGUUCAGUUCGAAAGCUCAAGCAAUUAUUGCUCAGCUCCCUUCCCGGCCGGCCAUUGAUAGUCUUGUGACAUUUCACUUCUCGGAUGUGAAUUGGUACUACUUCAUGGUGGAAGAGUACUACUUUCGGGAUCUCCUAGAGCGCUGGUCUGGUGAUCCUAGCGCACUCGCGAAACAUGUCAAUGCCGAUGAGCUUUCGUGGGAGCUUCGGUACUUCCCAGCCAUGCUGUUUCAGGUCCUAGCUUUGGCAAUUCAGUUCCUCACAUCAGAAGCUCCCACACUCAAAGGACUUUCCAAGAACGACCUGGCCUUAUGCCACAAUUACAGCGACACUGGCAUCGAGCUGCUCAGUUCUCUCGGGUUUCAGGCCUCCGCUGCAACAGUCGUCCAGACACAUCUUCUCAGGUCUGCCUGGUUGAAGAACAUGGGACGAGGAGUCGAUGCUUGGCACAGUACAGGCAAUGCCAUCAGAUCGGCCCAAGAAAUUGGCCUCCAUCAGUCGAAAGAAUUUCGGCAGCAAGGUUUAGAGAACACUCUCAGUCGAAUUUGGUACCACGAAUACCAGAAGCGGAUAUGGAUGAACCUUUACAUUUGGGACAGUUUGAUUGCCAUGAUCCUCGGACGCCCUCGAACGAUCAAUGCCGAUGAGUGCGACGUUGACGACCGAUGGACUGCAACAUCCCAAAGGACCCAUCAACCACAGUGCCAAUGCCAAACAAACAUGCAGACAGUGAAGAUGUUCAAGCAGAUGAAGGCUCUCAGCGCCGACAAGCCCUUUCCGAAGGACUACUCCACGAUAACACGACUACACAAUCAGCUAAAAGCUAUGCUUGACGAUGUUCCCGCAACACUCAAGCACCAAAACCCUGAUACAUCAUGGAACUCGCAGUACCCCUACCUGAAACAGCAGCGAGAGUUAAUCCUCACAUACGCCAACUUGUUUCUUAUGACUCUCCACCGACCCCAUGUUGCCAACCACGCAGACUCUUGCCGUUGUGCGGUUCAAGCCUCAGUCACAGCUCUCGAGUCGCUCGCUCGAUCUUUUGCGCUGACGGCAGUCGCGCAGUACAAGUCGUUUGCGCUGUCGUUCUACACAGUGGAUGCCUCGAUCUUCCUCUCCUGCAUUGUGGCGAUCUAUCCUCCCAUCGAAAAUGAGGUCCAAAGUCGGGUCGACCACGUUCUGCGGCAAGCGCUUCACCGAUGCAGUUCUCGAUGCAUACAGUCCAAUAGCCAGUGUCCCGGCGUAUACGACUUUGCCAUGUCAACCACAUCAGCACGCUUGGCUGGUCCUCAGUUACCGCUUGCGGGUCCACUCCACAAGACUGCGUCGCAAGACCUCCAGCCUCACGAUGCAAUGCCAACUCUGCGCAGUACUUCAUACUCUCGGGAUCCUCAGCAGAUUCCAAGUGGCUGGUCAGCGGCAGCCUCACAGAGCGACUCGUACCAUUCGGUAAGCACUAGUGGAGAAGACACACUGUCCACGAUGGCUGAUGUAUCUCUAUUGAACACGCCUACCGACUUUGAUGAGUCGUACUGGAUGAGUCUUAUGAAUUCGAUCGCUCCAGUCUCUGGGACUGUCUCGGACGGCAACGCAGUGUGGAGUGGGUUUUCGUAG